AUGUCCAAAAACCCUAACAGCAAAACUUCUCAUCCAAACAGUUCCAAUCUCUCAUUCCAUUCCCUUCCCAAAUUCUCCGUCUCGGCCGUCACCCAUUUCGUCCAAAUCCCCACUCUUCCCAAUUCACUCACCUCCGAUCAACUUCGCUUUGAUGUUCUCUCCAAGUACCUCCCCUUCAUCCAAAAGUUUCGAGGAAAAACCAUUGCCGUCAAGUAUGGAGGAGCCGCCAUGAAGUCGCCGGAACUCCAAGGAUCCAUCAUCAGCGGCCUCGUUCUUCUCUCCCGUGUCGGUCUUCGCCCCGUACUGGUCCAUGUCUGUGGAUCAAAGAUAAACCAUUGGCUCAACCAUCUCAACAUUCAGGCAAUUUUUCGUGAUGACCUUUGA